AUGGUCGAGAUUAGUAAGAAAAACAGAGCCAAAUCUUUCGUAAAACACAAUUCCAAUUGUUUCCCUCAAUUUUUCGAACUUUUCGCGCGCAAUUUUUGGUUUUUUUUUUGAAUUUUUGGAAGAUUUUAUGCAGAUUUUUCUUGAUGAAAGCCGAUUUUCACGUAAUUCGCGACUAGUUCCACUGAUUUUUGGAUGUUAGAGAUCUCUUAUUUUAUUCUCUAUUCUAUAAACUUUAUUUUAGCCUCGUUCACAUCCAAAUAUGGUGCAUUUUACAUCAAAGAAAACUGAGUUUUACCUGUAUUCAGCCCGGAUGUAAAUAUAAGGUCCACAUCAAGCCUGGAGGCUCCACCAAUCCACCCUACCACACUAUUUGAGGCCUUUUCGUCCUGGUCUUGACAUCAGGACUGAUCGGGGACGGACUCUUCGGUUCUUUGACAAUCCAGCGUCAGCUCAAGGACAACAAGAUCAGUAUGAAUUUAUGGACAAGAAGAUUUGAUUAGAAGACUUGCUGGGAAGUUAAGGGCAUCAAAAUGAAGAUACAAAGGUAUUGGGAAGGAUUGGAUCUGGAUUUGAAUGGGAUGUGGAUGUAAAUAUUCACGGUGAAGAUCCUGGCCAUGGCCUGGCAUUAAAUCAAGAACCAGUGAAUACUCCGAUGGUACGGCCGGAGAAGAAGCUCAAUUCGACGUUAAACAGAGCUUCCAAGCAUUCAGGUCGGCUUUAUUUUCGUUUUGGGAAUUUAAUUUGAAUCUGACGAUUGUGAGAUUGUUUUCGCCUUCGUUUUUUUUUUUUUUUUUUUGGUGACUUUUUUAAACGUCAAGUGCAAUAUAAAAGUAGAUCCAAAUAUGGGGGAUAAACCAAGAAUUGUGAGAGGGACACUAUGGGGAUUCAAAAAUUUGCGUCGUCAUGGUGACCUGUCGUUAUAAUGGAGUUAAAUUUAAAGAGAAGCCGUUUUUUGACUUUUUUGGACAGAAAAUACAUGUUAUGGUAAAAAAAGCUGCUGAAUUUUGUAAAAAACAUUCAUUCUAUUAGAAAAUCAAGUUUGAAGUUGCAUUCCGAUAUAAAAAUUUUUUAUCUUAUGCCUUCCGUUUUUUGAUUUUUAUCCAUUUUUUCAGUUUCGAGUGACUCAUCUGAUCGUUGGAAGAGAAUGUCCUGGCCUUGUUACUGA